GCUCCAAGUCUGAACAGCCCUGAGAUUGUCCGGAAGGAGUUCCAAAGGUGUGGCGUUACAUAACUUUGCAAGUGAACUUUUUUGGUGUUCACACAGGUUCAUACUUCUCUCCGACACACAAGUAAACUUCAAUUUCACAAUGUCUGGAAAAGUGGUGUUGACUUAUUUCAAUGGGAGGGGGAAAAUGGAGUCAAUUCGAUGGCUUUUAGCAGUUGCUGGAGUUGAGUUUGAAGAAGUGAAUAUGACAAAGCACGAGGAAUAUGUAAAGCUGUUGAGUGAUGGAGCACUCAUGUUUGAGCAAGUUCCAUUGGUGGAAAUUGAUGGAAUGAAGCUGGUUCAAACCAAGGCUAUCCUAAACUACAUAGCAGGGAAAUACAAUCUUUACGGGAAUGACCUAAAAGAACGAGUCAUGAUUGACAUGUAUUCUGAAGGUGUGAGGGACUUGAUGGAAAUGAUAAUGAUGUUGCCAUUCAUUUCACCUGACGCCAAGAAAACUAAACUGGAGGACAUUGAGAGGAAAGCUACAAGCCGUUACAUUCCCGUGUUCGAAAAGGCUCUUGCUAGCUCCCAGUACCUGGUGGGUUAUCAGUUAAGCUGUGCUGAUGUCCAGCUACUUGAAAUCACCUUGAUGUUGGAGGAGAAAUUUCCUACAAUUCUCUCCAAAUUCCCUGUUGUUAAGGUUUUUCAAGGGAGGAUGAAAAGCCUGCCAGCCAUUCAGAAGUUCCUGCAGCCAGGCAGCAAGAGAAAGCCUCAACCAGAUGACUUAUAUGUAAAGACUGUGUAUGAGGUGUUCAACUUCAAGCACUGAUGCUUAUCGAAAAAAUGUAAAGAGUUGAAGUGAAUAUUAGAUAGAUUAUUCCAGACUGUCAUGUCUUUUAACAUGUAUGAGUAAGGACCAAAUUGUUCAAGUAGAACAAGUAUUUGUUUUUCAAUAAUACACACACAAACAAAAUAAAGGCUGUUAAACAAAAUAUCAGCUGUAAUUAAACACUA